AUGGCCAAGAGAAUAGAAACAGAUGCAUUCGGUGAAAUCGAGGUUCCCAGCGAAAAAUACUGGGGAGCUCAAACCGAACGUUCACACCGUAACUUCAAAAUUGGAGGUGAGAAAGCGCGGAUGCCAGAGCCUGUGAUCCAAUCAUUUGGAAUUCAGAAGAAAGCUGCUGCUAUUGUGAAUACAGAAUUAGGAAUACUGGAUCCAAAGCUUUCAGAUGCAAUUCAGCAGGCAGCAACCGAGGUGGCUGAAGGAAAGCUGGAUGAGCAUUUUCCACUUGUUGUUUUCCAGACUGGAUCUGGAACUCAGACAAAUAUGAAUGCCAAUGAGGUGAUCUCUAACAGGGCAAUUGAGAUUCUUGGAGGAAAGAUGGGUACGAAGAAGCCCGUGCAUCCAAAUGACCACGUGAACAUGUCUCAGUCUUCCAAUGAUACAUUUCCAACUGUGAUGCACAUCGCUGCGCUGACGCAGAUCGAGAGGAACCUCUUACCCGCAAUGGAGAAGCUUAGGGAUUCUUUAAACAAAAAAUCUGACGAGUUUAAGGACAUCAUCAAAAUCGGCAGAACACAUCUCCAAGAUGCAACUCCCUUGACUUUGGGACAGGAGUUUUCUGGAUACGUUGCUCAGCUUGAUAAUGGAAUCAGACGUGUGCGUACAGCCUCCGAGUCCCUUAGAUUCUUGGCUCAAGGUGGAACUGCUGUGGGUACUGGAUUGAAUACAAAAAAGGGCUUUGCGGAGAAGAUGGCUGAGCAGAUCACAAAAUUAACUGGCGUUCAGUUCUAUACCGCACCAAACAAGUUUGAGGCUCUUGCUGCACAUGAUGCAAUUGUAGAAGUAUCUGGAGCUUUAAACACUGUCGCUGUUUCGUUGUUCAAGAUCGCACAAGAUAUUAGAUACCUUGGAUCUGGUCCAAGAUGCGGAUACCAUGAGAUUUCCCUUCCAGAAAACGAACCUGGUUCGUCUAUUAUGCCGGGAAAAGUCAACCCAACUCAGAACGAGGCCAUGACUAUGGUUUGUGCCCAGGUGUUUGGCAAUAAUAGUACCAUUACUUUUGCAGGGGCCUCUGGCCAGUUCGAAUUGAACGUGUUUAAACCUGUUUUGAUUGCCAAUCUUCUUUCUUCCGUCAGAUUGAUCGGUGAUACAUGCGAUUCCUUCAGACUACAUUGUGUUGAUGGCAUUAAGGCCAACAAGGACAGAAUUAACUAUCUAAUGCAGCAAUCAUUGAUGCUCGUUACUGCCUUGAGCCCUAAGAUCGGCUACGAUAAGGCUUCCAAGAUUGCGAAAAACGCCAAUAAAAAGGGUCUUACCUUAAAACAAUCCGCAUUGGAGCUUGGCUUCCUAACAGAGGAACAGUUUGAUGCUACUGUCAAGCCAGAGAACAUGCUAGGACCAAAGAAUUGA